UAACCUUCAAAUACGCAACAAUUUUGCAUUGUGUUGUAGAACAUUAAAAUUUUGCAAUUUAAACAAUAUAUUUUGUUUUUAAUUGUCGAUAAGUAAUAUUGUAACAGUGAAAGCCUUGAUUACUGAAGAAGCAAAAUGGUUAAGACAAAAAAGAGCAAGAAGGAAAUAGCAGCGGCUGAUGAGAUUGAAAUUGAUAGUGAUUCAAGGCAAACUAAAUUAUCAGAUGAUGAAAAAAUUGGAAAAAAUAAAAAAGGAAAAAAUGCUAAGAAAAUAUCUUCGAAAAAGCAAUCUUCUGAUGAUGAAGGGGAAGUUGAGAAACUGGCGGAAUCAGUAAGUAAACUGAAAGUAAAAUCUGGUAAAUCUGGCCCAAAGUUGUCGGAUAACAACACUUCUGAGAGUGAGGAGGAGCAGCCGAAGAAAAAAGGAAGAUCUCAACCGGCAAAAAAGGCAGGAUUUGAUCUAUUGAUUGGAGACGAUGAUGACGACGGCAACGAAAUUCAAACUCGCCCUGAACCUGAAACAGAUAGUGACGUGGAAAAAGAAAUAAAGAAAGGAAAAUCUACUCUGAAAGAUGAUUUAAAAGGUAAAAAAGGUAAAAAAGCCAGACGGAAGAAGGACGAAGAUGACGAAGAUCUAGACAAGGUUUUAGCUGAACUUGAAGCUGAAUAUAGUGGUGUGAAGGUAGAGCAAUCAGUUUUGACGCCUCAAGACAAUAUAGAAGAUGAAUCUUCAAAGAAAAAAAAAGGCAAAAAGGCUGGAAAAAAUGAGAUUGAUUCGGUGAGUGCAAAAGAUGAAAUCAACUCGGAAAUUAAGGAAGAAAAUGAUGAAAAUUCUACUGUAAAAACAGCUGCACAAAAAAAGAAAGAAAAGAAAGAAAGGCAAAAAAGGGAGGCAGCCUUAGCCAAGCAAAAGGUGGCAGAAGUGAAAUCAGAUCAGAUCCAAGAAACCAGUGAAGAUAUACAAGAAAAACCGGAAAAACAACCAAAACAGAAAGUUAGGCAUGAAUCCGAAACUAAAGAGCCUUCCGAAGAAAUCGUUAAGAUGGCUGAAAAUGAAGAGGAUAUGGCUGAUGAUGACAAAAAGGGUGACAAGAAAUCCAAAAAGGAUAAGAAGAAGGAAAAAGGUAAAAAAGACAAAGAAGAGGAAAAAAAAGAUGAUAAGAAAAAAGGUGUAAGCAAAGCAAUGGUCGCUGCAAUGCAAGAACGUUUAAAAAAAAUUAAAGAGGACGAGGAACGCUUGCAAAAAGAAGAAGAAGAACGUAUACGCCAAGCAGAAGAACGGGAAAGACAACGUUUGGAAGCCAUCCGUUUAGAGCAAGAAAGAAAAGAGAAGAGGAAACAAAAAGAGCAAGAAAGAAAGGCUCGUCUAAAAGCUGAGGGAAAACUCUUGACGAAAAAACAAAAAGAAGAUCGGGCUAAGGCUCAGGCAAUGUUAGAAGCAUUGAAAGCCCAAGGAUUAGAUGUCCCUGACCCUGCUGAAAAACGGCCCCGUCCUGGUACAAGAAUUCGUCCUAAUAAGAAAAAGAUGGGUAAGCAAGAAGGACAAACUGAAGGUGAGCAAGAUAAAAGCGGUGAGGGAUCUAAAGAUUCAACCCCGGUGCCUGAAGAUGUUUCGAAAAAAGGAGAUGAAGUUAAAGAAGCUUGGGAUGCAAGUUCUUCUGAUGAAGAAAAUAAUACCACCCCAGAAACAACGUCAGAUAAAAAGCCGUCAAAGGAGACUUUAGGUAAUAAACAGGAACAAGAAAGUGAAGAAGAGUCUUCAGAAGGAAGUAUGGGAAGUGAAGUUUCUGAUGAAGAUGAAGACAAUGAAAGUGUAGGCGAAAAUGAUGAAGGUCGUUCUGAUGAUCAAGCCAAGCGUGAGAGGGCAAUGACUCGUAUUGAAAAAAGACGUGAAGAAUCAGAAAAGAAACGUAAUUUAGAGAACUUACGAGCUGCUGUUGUUUGUGUAUUAGGUCACGUUGAUACGGGGAAAACAAAAAUAUUGGAUAAAUUGCGGCGUACACAUGUUCAAGAUUCUGAAGCUGGCGGUAUAACGCAACAGAUUGGAGCAACAAACGUUCCAAUUGAGGCUAUUAAAGAGCAAACUAAAAUUGUAAAAGGUUCAUCAGAAUUGCAACAUAAAUUACCUGGUUUACUAAUUAUUGAUACCCCUGGACAUGAAUCUUUUAGUAACUUGAGAAACCGCGGAUCUUCAUUAUGUGAUAUUGCUAUUUUAGUUGUCGAUAUUAUGCAUGGGUUGGAACCACAAACAAUUGAAUCAAUUAAUUUGCUUAAACAAAAAAAAUGUCCGUUUAUUGUAGCUUUAAAUAAAAUUGAUCGUUUGUACGACUGGCAGACGAUGCCACGCAAAGAUAUCCGCGAUAUUAUAAAAGGGCAACAAAGUAAUACGCAAUUGGAAUUUAAUCAGCGAUCUAAGGAAGUUAUUGUACAGUUUGCAGAACAAGGACUUAAUGCAGCUUUAUUUUAUGAAAAUCCAGAUCCUCGCACAUACAUUUCUUUAGUGCCAACAAGUGCCAUUACAGGAGAAGGCAUGGGAAAUUUGUUAUAUUUAAUUGUAGAUUUUUGCCAAACUAUGUUAGCGAAACGUUUAAUGUAUAGUGAAGAUUUGCAAGCUACAAUAUUGGAAGUUAAAGCUAUUCCUGGUUUAGGAACUACUAUCGAUGCAAUUCUUAUAAAUGGUAAAUUAAGAGAGGGUGAAACUAUGAUUUUAGCUGGCACGGAUGGUCCAAUCGUUACACAAAUUAGAAGUUUACUGAUGCCACAACCUUUAAAAGAAUUAAGAGUAAAGAAUGCAUAUCAAGAAUAUAAGGAGAUUAAAGCUGCCCAAGGAGUUAAGAUUGCUGCUAAAGACUUAGAAAAAGCAAUUGCUGGAAUAAAUUUGUUGAUUGCUCACAAACCAGAUGAAGUAGAAAUUUGCAAGGACGAAGUCGCACGUGAACUUAAACAUGCAUUGAGCCAUAUUAAAUUAAAGGAAAGGGGUGUCUAUGUUCAAGCAUCGACUCUUGGAUCUCUUGAAGCCUUGUUAGAGUUUUUGAAAUCCUCAAAUAUUCCGUAUUCUGCAAUUCGUAUUGGACCUGUUGUAAAACGUGAUGUAAUGAAGGCCUCAAUAAUGUUGGAACAUGAACCUCAAUAUGCAACAAUUUUAGCUUUUGAUGUUAAAGUAGAACGUGAUGCUCAAGAAUUAGCUGAUUCAUUAGGUGUUAAAAUAUUCCAAGCGGAUAUUAUUUAUCAUUUAUUUGAUAAAUUUAUGGCAUAUAGAGAAGAAUUGAAAAAAAGGAAACGAGAAGAAUUUCGAAGUAUUGCUGUAUUUCCAUGCAAACUUAAGAUACUGCCACAAUUUAUAUUCAAUUCACGUGAUCCUAUUGUUAUGGGUGUUAUGGUCGAAAAUGGUAUUGUCAAAGAAGGUACACCAAUAUGUGUUCCCAGUAAAGAUUUUGUUGAUAUCGGUGUUGUAACAUCAAUUGAAUCAAACCAUAAACAAGUUGAAUCUGCUCGAAAAGGACAAGAAGUUUGUAUUAAAAUUGAACCUAUACCCGGUGAAUCACCAAAAAUGUUUGGUAGACAUUUUGAAGCUGAUGAUAUGUUAGUUAGCAAGAUAUCACGACAAAGUAUAGAUGCAUGUAAAGACUAUUUCCGUGAUGAUUUACUCAAAUCUGACUGGGCAUUAAUGGUUGAAUUAAAGAAAGUAUUCGAAAUUUUGUAGUUGAAUUUAUAACUUAAUUUUUUUACAAUAAAUUUUUUAAAUGCUAUUUAAAUAAAAAAGUCAACAUUAUGAAAAAAGAAACAAAAAUUGAAUGAUAAAAUUAAAAAAAAAAAUUUCCUAAAAAAAAAAACAAAAAUAAAAAAAAAGAACAAAAAUCUCGUGAAAUUUAAAUUUUGACAUUUUUGCUUUUUUCAAUAUUUUUUAUUUUUUGUUAAAUUUCAAAUUACUGUCUGAUUGAGACAAACUUAAUGAUAAUUACUUAUAUGACAGUAUACAGUAGCUUUAUUACUUAUUGUUUUGAUUUUCUCACUUAUUUUACUACCAUAUUGUUGGAUUUUAGGAA